AUGUCGAGCACAAUUCCAGGUAGAGGAAAUACACCCAUGUCACCGUUCGAAGAUACGUUUCAGUUUGAAGAGAAUAGUAGCAACGAAGAUACACAUAUCGGGCCUCCCCAUGUCAAUGAUGGCGUACCAGCUAAUGAAUACAGUCGGCCACGAGUUAGUUUUAAUGACGAACCACCCAAAAGUAAACGCGAAGAGGCUGAAGAAUUCACUUUUAACGAUGAUACAGAAUACGACAACCAUUCAUUUCAACCAACACCGAAACUAAACAACGGAUCAGGGACGUUUGACGACGUGGCAUUAGACAAUGACAAUGGAGACUCAACUGCAGACUACGAUGGCAUGAAAAGAUUCCGAAUGGGUACAAAAAGGAAUAAAAAAGGUAACCCAAUAACGGGGAGGUCAAAGACCUUAAAGUGGGCCAGGAAGAAUAUCCCGAACCCAUUCGAAGAUUUCACAAAAGAUGAUGCCAUUGAUCCCGGUGCCAUAAAUCGUGCACAAGAGCUAAGAACUGUAUACUAUAAUAUGCCUCUACCAAAAGAUAUGAUAGAUGAAGAAGGCAACCCUAUCAUGCAGUAUCCUCGUAAUAAAAUCAGAACAACCAAGUAUACCCCUCUAACAUUCCUUCCCAAAAACAUUUUAUUUCAAUUUCAUAAUUUCGCCAACGUUUAUUUUUUAGUUUUAAUCAUUUUAGGUGCAUUUCAGAUUUUUGGUGUUACGAAUCCUGGGUUAAGUGCAGUUCCAUUAGUUGUUAUUGUUAUCAUCACAGCCAUUAAAGAUGCUAUUGAAGACUCGAGAAGAACUGUGUUGGAUUUAGAAGUGAACAAUACUAGGACCCAUAUUUUGGAAGGUGUUGACAAUGAGAAUGUUUCCACAGACAAUAUUUCACUGUGGAGAAGGUUUAAAAAAGCAACUUCAAGAUCUCUAUUGAAAUUUAUACAGUAUUGUAGAGAACAUUUAACCAAAGAGGGUAAGAAGAAAAGAACACAAAGAAAGCGUCAUGAACUAAAGGCGCAGAGAGCUGCUGCAACAAACGGACCAAGGUCUUCCCUAGACUCCGUUGAAAGUUACCGUGUGUCAGCAGAUUAUGGUCGCCCUUCACUAGAUUACGAUAAUAUGGGACAAGGAGCUGCUAAUAAUGAUGAAGCCAAUAUAAUUGACAGAUCCCUACCACCUAGAACGGAUUGUAAAUUUGCUAAGGACUAUUGGAAAGGUGUGAAGGUCGGUGAUAUUAUCCGUAUCCACAAUAAUGACGAAAUACCUGCUGAUAUUAUCUUACUUUCAACAUCCGAUGCAGAUGGUGCGUGUUAUGUAGAAACUAAGAAUUUGGAUGGUGAGACAAACUUGAAGGUACGUCAAUCGUUAAAAUGUACCAAUUCCAUAAGGACUUCAAGAGAUAUUGCUCGGACAAAAUUCUGGAUCGAAAGUGAAGGGCCCCACUCAAAUUUGUAUACUUAUCAAGGUAAUAUGAAAUGGAAGGGUCCAACAGAUGGCGAGACAAGGAACGAGCCCGUUACUAUAAAUAACGUCUUACUUCGUGGUUGCUCUCUUAGAAACACCAAAUGGGCGAUGGGUAUAGUCAUGUUUACUGGUGAUGAUACAAAAAUCAUGUUGAACUCUGGUAUUACACCUACUAAAAAGUCAAGAAUUUCGAGAGAGUUGAACUAUUCUGUCAUUAUCAAUUUUUUACUUCUUUUCAUCUUGUGUUUUAUUUCUGGUAUUGCCAAUGGUGUAUACUACAAAAAAAAAGAUAGAUCUCGGUUUUCCUUCGAAUUCGGAACAGUUGCUGGAUCAGCGGCUACAAAUGGGUUCGUUUCUUUUUGGGUCGCCGUUAUUCUUUAUCAAUCAUUAGUCCCCAUUUCGCUAUAUAUCUCUGUGGAAAUUAUUAAGACUGCACAGGCAGCCUUCAUUUAUGGGGAUGUGUUACUUUACAACGCAAAGCUAGACUAUCCUUGCACCCCAAAAUCCUGGAAUAUUUCUGAUGAUUUGGGUCAGGUUGAGUACAUUUUUUCGGACAAGACAGGUACAUUGACACAGAAUGUUAUGGAAUUUAAAAAAUGUACUAUCAAUGGCAUUUCAUAUGGUAGAGCAUAUACAGAAGCAUUAGCAGGGUUGAGGAAAAGACAAGGUAUAGAUGUCGAAAGUGAAGGAAUGCGUGAAAGAGCCGAAAUAUCUAAAGAUAGAGACACAAUGAUUGAUGAACUAAGAGCCUUAUCUGGGAACUCACAGUUCUAUCCUGAAGAAGUUACUUUCGUGUCGAAAGAGUUUGUUCGCGAUCUAAAAGGUGCUAGCGGAGAUAUCCAACAAAAAUGUUGUGAACACUUUAUGCUUGCUUUAGCUCUAUGUCAUUCUGUUUUGGCAGAAGCAAAUCCUGAUGAUCCAAAAAAAUUGGAUAUUAAGGCCCAAUCUCCAGAUGAAGCGGCGUUAGUGGCGACUGCCAGAGACGUGGGGUUCAGUUUUGUUGGAAAGACUAAAAAGGGCCUAAUUAUUGAAAUGCAGGGUAUUCAAAAAGAGUUUGAAAUUAUGAAUAUUUUGGAAUUUAAUUCAUCCAGAAAGAGAAUGAGUUGUAUUGUCAAAAUUCCAGGGUUAUAUCCAGAAGAUGAACCUAAGGCUCUUUUAAUCUGUAAAGGUGCCGAUUCCGUCAUAUACUCAAGAUUGAGUCGCCAGAAUGGUGCCAAUGAUGAAACCGUUCUAGAAAAGACUGCUUUGCAUUUAGAACAAUACGCUACUGAGGGUUUAAGAACAUUGUGUAUAGCCCAAAGAGAAUUAAGUUGGUCUGAAUACAAAAAAUGGAAUGAGAAAUACGAUGUUGCUGCCGCAUCGUUAGCCAACAGAGAGGAUGAAUUAGAAGUUGUUGCAGAUUCCAUUGAGCGUGAACUGAUAUUGUUGGGUGGCACAGCUAUUGAAGACCGUUUACAAGACGGUGUUCCGGAUUGUAUCGAAUUGCUUGCAAAAGCAGGGAUAAAAUUAUGGGUUCUUACAGGUGAUAAAGUUGAAACGGCAAUAAAUAUCGGCUUUUCUUGUAAUCUUUUGAAUAACGAGAUGGAAUUACUGGUUAUCAAAACAACUGGUGAUGAUGUGAAAGAAUUUGGGUCAGAUCCAAGUGAGAUUGUGGAUGCUUUACUUUCCAAGUAUUUAAAGCAGUAUUUUGGAUUAAAUGGUACCGAAGAAGAAGUUUUUGAAGCAAAAAAGGAUCACGAUUUUCCAAAGGGUAACUACGGUGUUGUUAUCGAUGGUGAUGCGUUAAAGCUAGCUUUAUAUGGCGAAGAUAUUAGAAGAAAAUUUCUUCUACUUUGUAAGAACUGCAGAGCAGUUUUAUGCUGCAGAGUUUCCCCAUCUCAAAAGGCUGCCGUUGUAAAGCUAGUCAGAGACUCGCUGGAUGUUAUGACUUUGGCUAUUGGGGAUGGUUCUAAUGAUGUUGCCAUGAUUCAAUCUGCAGAUGUUGGUAUUGGUAUUGCUGGUGAAGAAGGUCGACAAGCUGUCAUGUGCUCAGAUUACGCCAUCGGUCAAUUCAGGUAUUUGGCCAGAUUGGUACUUGUACAUGGUAGAUGGUCCUACAAAAGAUUAGCAGAAAUGAUUCCGGAGUUUUUUUACAAGAAUAUGAUUUUCACUUUGGCAUUAUUUUGGUAUGGCAUCUACAAUAAUUUUGAUGGGUCUUAUCUGUUUGAGUACACGUACUUGAUGUUCUACAACUUAGCGUUCACGUCUUUACCAGUUAUCUUCUUGGGUAUUUUGGAUCAGGAUGUGAACGAUACAAUAUCAUUAAUCAUUCCUCAGUUAUACCGUGUUGGGAUUUUGAGGCUGGAAUGGAACCAAAGGAAGUUUUUAUGGUACAUGCUCGACGGAUUGUACCAAUCUGUUAUUUGCUUUUUCUUCCCAUACUUGACUUAUCAUAAGAAUAUGCUGGUUACGAGUAAUGGAUUAGGGCUCGACCACCGUUAUUUUGUUGGUGUUUACGUGACAACUGUUGCCGUAAUAUCGUGUAAUACUUAUGUUCUAUUGCACCAGUAUAGAUGGGAUUGGUUCAGUGGUCUAUUCAUUGCGCUGUCGUGUCUCGUCUUGUUUACCUGGUCAGGUAUAUGGUCUUCUGCUAUAGCAAGUCGAGAAUUUUUCAAGGCUGCUGCACAUAUCUACGGAACUCCAUCUUUCUGGGCUGUUUUCUUCGCUGGUGUGUUGUUUUGCUUAUUACCGCGUUUCACAUAUGACAGUUUCCAAAAAUUUUUCUACCCAACCGAUGUAGAAAUCGUAAGAGAAAUGUGGCAACAUGGCCAUUUCGACCACUAUCCGGUUGGCUAUGACCCAACAGACCCCAACAGGCCUAAAGUCACAAAAGCUGGGGAACACGGUGAGAAGAUCAUAGAAGGUAUAGCACUUUUUGACAAUCUAGGCACAUCCAACUAUUCAAGAGACAGCGUCGUGACAGAAGAGAUCCCAAUGACGUUCAUGCACGAAGAAAACGAGACCCCAAGCGGAUAUCAGAAGCAAGAAGCCUGGAUAUCCUCGCCAAGAGAAACACAAGAUCUACUCCAGUCUCCUCAAUUUCAGCAGACCCAGGCGUUCGAACCGGGACCUACCUCCAAAGUUAGGUCGUCGCUAGACCGCACAAGAGAGCAGAUGAUGGCCACACAUCAACUAGACAACAGAUACUCUGUGGAGAGGGCAAGGACGUCCCUAGAUCUACCGGGCGUAACGAACGCAGCCUCUCUGAUCGGAACCCAGUGGAACAACAGAUUAUGA